AGCCCUCUAGUUGCUGACCAAUAGGAAGGUGGUUUGAUUGUUCUCUGUCCAUAUUUGAUAACGUAAGCUUGUGCACAAAACAGCGCGUGAAAAUGCUUUUUUACUCGUUCUUCAAGUCCUUGGUGGGUAAAGAUGUGGUGGUGGAGUUAAAAAAUGACUUGAGCAUAUGUGGAACCCUACACUCGGUAGAUCAGUAUCUGAACAUCAAACUCACCGAUAUCAGUGUCACCGACCCUGAAAAGUAUCCUCACAUGUUGUCAGUGAAGAACUGCUUUAUCCGGGGAUCAGUGGUGCGGUAUGUUCAGCUCCCGGCCGACGAGGUGGACACACAGCUAUUACAGGAUGCAGCACGCAAAGAAGCCAUGCAACAGAAACAAUGAUUCAUCUGGUUUUGUUUUUUGGUGGACUUUAAAAAAAUUUCACAAAAUCUAAAAAAAAAUGUAACAGCUUUGGUUUACCUUUUUGUUUUAAGUUCAAAUUUUGUAUAGUGUUGAUCUAAGGAAUGAUGUAUUUUUUUUCCCCUCAGUACAUGUUUAACUUGAGAUGUGAGUGGCAGAUACCUAGACAUCGAGGUUGGAGUCUUCACACUUUAUAAAUGUAUUUUGAAAUACACAUGGGGUUGCCUGAGUUUUGACUUUUUCAGAUUAGGUUGUAGUACUUAGCCCUUAAAUGCAAAAUCGCCUUGACCUCAGUAUAGAUGUUUAUAUGAGGGUUUUGUUAAUGUCCCCCCCCCCCAAGUUUAAAAAAAAAAAAAAGAGACGGAGAAAACAAGAAGCUCAAAAUGAUUAUUCAUAGUCCGAGUAACGUGUCCUGCUUCUGUUUUUUUGAAAUGAAAAUAAAACUGAUACUAUGUUGAAUAA